AUGGUCUCUCAAGAAUGCGCAGAUUCGCACCUGCGCUGUGCGCGCCUGCUCAUCGAGCAUGGCGCCGACGUCGAUCUGCCUGUUCACGAGGAUGGUAGCACCCCGUUGAUCGCCGCCUGUUGUCUGGGCGCCAACGCCUUCGUCAAUAUGCUGCUUGAAGCCCGCGCCAACGUCGCGGCGAGCCUGCACAAUUUGACGGCGUCCGAUGGGCAGACCUUUAACGGGCAGACAGCGCUCAUGGUGGCGGCGGAACAGGCCGAGUUUCGUGUGGUGCAGACCUUGCUCGAAGCCGGCGCGGCGCAUGCUUCCGUCACAAGCCACGGCUGGACGGCGCUCUCCUUUGCAAGCGCAGCGGGCAACACGCCCGCCGCUCGACGGUGCGUCACGCUGCUUCGCGAGGCGCGCCGGGACGCGGGACGGCUUGCCGCGCCACCGACGGCGGAGGCCGCAGCGGCCGCAGACGCUAUGGCAGCGCUGCUGCUGGCUGAAGAAGAGGGGCCUGCACCUGUGCCCAAUGCGAGCAAGCGGAGCCAGAAGAAGAAGAAGACGCGGAAGGCUUCGUCUACGCCGGCGGACAUGGCGCCAGAGGCGUCCCCGCGCGACGGUGGAGCCGGCCUCUGCGUCGUCUGCAUGGACACGCCGAGCUGCAUGGCAUUCGUGCCGUGCGGACACGUUUGCUCCUGCGGCAAGUGCGCAUCGAGCCUUGCCUCCUGCCCGAUCUGCCGCAAAACCAUCGCCUCGCGCCUGCGGAUAUAUCCGUCCUGA